UAUUGUAUAAUUUUAGUGUUUACGAAUUUUAUAGUUCAGCAACAUCUUUGUUUAAGAUCACACGCAUCCAUUAUCAAGAACCAUGUCCACUGAACAAACUGGGGAAUUAGAACAAGCUGAAUCCGAAGCAAUUCCGACUCGCAGUGAUACAAGGGGUUGGUGGUGGCGUCGGUGGUACCAAGAGAAUGCUUCAGGACAUCAUCACUGUGUUUAUGGAAGUAAAAUACAACCGCCAAAAGCUAUGAGCUUAAGUAUUGGCAAUUGCAGGGAUGUUGGUGCCUUUUUUAGACUGACGAAUUCCUAUUUGCUGGUUUGCGAUGAACAAGAAUCUGACGGCUUUUGCAGACGUGCACAGGGUGAUGUUUCUGACAUUCCUGUAGUGAAAACUUCACUGGCGGGUUGUAGAGUAAUAGGACGUAUGUGUGUAGGCAAUAAAAAAGGUCUCCUUGUACCAGAAGCAACCACCGACUUGGAGUUGGAACAUUUACAACGUGAGUUACCGUAUUCUGUUGAGGUUAAAACAUUAGAAGAUAGACUGUCUGCUUUAGGAAACGUGAUCGUAUGUAAUGAUCAUGUUGCCUUGAUCCACCCAGAUUUAGAUAAAGAAAGUGAAGAAAUUGUUGCAGACACAUUACAAGUUGAGGUUUUUCGCCAUACUGUUGCCAAUAAUUCCCUAGUAGGCUCAUACUGUGUGAUCAAUAAUAGUGGAGGUCUGGUGCAUGUAGAUGCCAGUAAAACUGAACUGGAAGACUUGUCAUCACUUCUAGAGUUACAGUUAAUCAUUGGGACAGUCAAUCAUGGGAGUAAGGUCGUGGCAUCAGGAUUAGUUGCAAAUGAUUAUUUUGCCUAUGCAGGCAGGAACACAACAUGUGAAGAAUAUGUAGCUAUUGAAAAAGCUUUGCAGUUUCCAGUUCAUAUGUGUUAUUUUUAGACAAGUAACAAUAAGAAGUGUUUCCGUUUCCAAUGUGUUGAUGACUGUGAUUAUAUAUUUUUUGUAAAAAAUAUUUAUUGAU